UGCUUCAGGAACAAACGCUCCAGUCUAGACACCAUGUCUGUGCGCUUUUCUUCUGCAUCCAGGCGGCUGGGCUCCUGCGGGGGUGCCAGCUCUGUGAGGCUCCCCAGUGGAGGAGCUGGCUUUGGGGCUGGAAACGCAUGUGGUGUGCCAGGCAUUGGAAGUGGCUUCUCUUGUGCCUUUGGGGGCAGCUCAUCUGCAGGCAGCUAUGGUGGGGGGCUGGGUGUAGGAAAUGCUUCCUGUGCUGCCUAUACUGGGAAUGAACAUGGCCUCCUCUCUGGCAAUGAGAAGGUGACCAUGCAGAAUCUCAAUGACCGCUUGGCUUCCUACCUGGACAAUGUGCGAGCAUUAGAAGAGGCCAACGCCGACCUGGAGCAAAAGAUCAAGGGGUGGUAUGAGAAGUUUGGGCCUGGUUCUUGCCGAGGUCUUGAUCAUGACUACAGCAGAUACUUCCCAAUCAUUGAAGACCUUAGGAACCAGAUCAUUUCUGCGUCUACAAGUAAUGCCAAUGUUGUUCUGCAAAACGAUAAUGCAAGACUGACCGCUGAUGACUUCCGACUGAAGUUUGAAAAUGAACUGGCCCUUCACCAGAGCGUGGAAGCGGAUAUGAACGGUCUGCGCAGAGUCCUGGAUGAGCUGACUCUUUGCAGAACUGACCUAGAGAUACAGCUGGAGACUCUGAGUGAGGAACUGGCUUACCUGAAGAAAAACCACCAGGAGGAAAUGAAGGCUCUGCAGUGUGCAGCUGGCGGGAACGUGAACGUGGAGAUGAACGCGGCACCGGGAGUGGACCUCACAGUUCUGCUGAACAACAUGCGAGCUGAGUAUGAAGACCUGGCAGAGCAGAACCGCAGGGAUGCGGAGACCUGGUUCAACGAGAAGAGUGCAUCGCUACAGCAGCAGAUUUCCGACGAUGCUGGGGCUGUGACUUCAGCUCGAAAUGAACUUACUGAGAUGAAACGGACUCUGCAAACCCUGGAGAUAGAGCUUCAGUCUCUCCUAGCAAUGAAACACUCCCUGGAGUGCUCCUUGACUGAGACCGAAGGCAACUACUGCUCCCAGCUCGCCCAGAUCCAAGCUCAGAUCGGAGCCCUGGAAGAGCAGCUGCAUCAGGUCAGAACCGAGACCGAGGGCCAGAAACUCGAGUACGAGCAGCUCCUCGACAUCAAGGUCCAUCUGGAGAAGGAGAUUGAGACCUACUGCCGCCUCAUAGAUGGAGAGGAUGGCUCUUGUGUUAAAUCAAAAGGCUACGGAGGGCCAGGAAAUCAGAUAAAAGAGUCAUCUAAAACCACCAUGGUUAAGACAGUUGUUGAAGAAAUAGACCCUCGUGGCAAAGUUACCUCACCCAGAGUUCACACCAUCGAAGAGAAAUCCAUCAAAGUCAACAAUAUCAAGAGUGAACAGAGGGUGCCUUCCUAAACUCCAGCCCCUAAGAAGAGUGGUCCCUAAGUUAAGCUGCCAAGUUGAAACUAGGUUCCUAAAUAAGGCCCCUCUUACUUUCUGCUUUUCUCCCCAUGAAUCAAGACAUACUGUUUCUAGAAUAGCAUCAUUUCUCUGACUUUCUCUAUGGUGGUGUUUCAAUAAAAGUUCUUCCUAUUGCAAGU